CUCAUCUGCUUUUGUGGCAAGCUUCCAGCUCAGUCAGUCACUUCUCUCCGUUUUCGUAGUGUGCAGCGGUUCCAUUAGUUCGUAAAAAUGGCUGUCACCGGGUUGACGUGUUUGUCAACCUUUCUCCUGCUCGCUGCGAUUCUGCUGCUCUCCGCCGGAACGACCGUCAACGGAAAUACCCACCUGGUGCACCGGCGAUUCGAGUACAAGUAUUCCUUCAAGCCCCCGUACCUGGCGCAGAAGGAUGGAACCGUCCCGUUCUGGGAAUACGGUGGCAAUGCCAUUGCUAGUUCGGAGAACGUCCGGAUAGCGCCGUCGCUCCGCAGUCAGAAGGGUGCCAUCUGGACCAAGCAGCGCACCAAUUUCGACUGGUGGGAGGUCGACAUUGUGUUCCGAGUGUCCGGCCGGGGUCGCAUCGGUGCCGACGGUCUGGCCUUCUGGUACACCACCGAGAAGGGCGACUACACCGGCGAAGUGUUCGGCUCGUCGGACCGCUGGGUCGGAUUGGGUAUCUUCUUCGAUUCGUUCGAUAACGACAACAAGCACAACAACCCGUACAUCUCGGCCGUGCUGAACGACGGUACGAAGAAGUUCGAUCACACCAACGACGGUUCCACUCAGUUGCUGUCCGGUUGCUUGCGCGAUUUCCGUAACAAGCCAUUCCCGACGCGUGCCAAGAUCGAGUACUACAACAACAUCCUGACGGUGCUGUUCCACAACGGAAUGACCAACAACGAUCAGGAUUACGAGAUGUGCUUCCGAGCGGAGAAUGUGGUGCUGCCGAAGACCGGUUACUUCGGAGUGUCCGCUGCGACCGGUGGAUUGGCGGACGAUCACGAUGUGUUCCACUUCCUGACCACGUCGCUGCAUGUGCCCGGACAGAUCAAGGAGGAAGUCCCCCAUGAUCAGGAUCAGGCCAAGCUGACCCAGGAGUACCAGGAUUACCAGAAGAAGCUGGAACAGCAGAAGGAAGACUACCAGAAGGAGCACCCCGAGCUGCAGAAGGAUGAUUUGGAGAACUGGUUCGAAGAUUACAAUGCCCGGGAACUGCGGCAGAUUUGGGAAGCGCAGACGGCCACUCAUGACCAGCUGCGGACACUCAAUACCAAGUUGGAUGAGGUGAUUGGUCGCCAGGAACGAACCCUAGGAUUGCUGUCGGUGCAGGGCGGAGGUGGCGCUCCCCCGCCACAUAUUUCCCAGCAGCAGCCACCACAGGCGGGAGGCGCUCCGCAGAUUGCUGCCGGUAGUGUCAUCCAGCGUCACGAAGUCGAUGCUCUGCUGCGCAAUCAGAACUUGAUGGUCCAAACGGUUACCGAGAUCCGGUCGAUCAUUGGGGAAGUGCACGCCCGGGCGGAUUCCAUCCUGAACAAUCAGGCACGAGCUCCGACCGCUCAGAUUCAGGGCGGUGGCUACGACAUGCAGAGUUUGAUCCACGAGAUGCGGGACGGUAUGAACCAGGUCAAGCAGGGCAUGGCCGGGGUUUCGCAGCGACUUCAGCAACCGAACGCGCAAGCCAAUGUGCAAUGCCCAACGCAGAAUUGCGUCGGAAUGACUGCCUUCCUGGUGACGAUAGUUGUCCACCUGUUAGUGAUAGUAGGAUACAACAUGUACAGAGACAGCAGGGACGCCCAAGCGAAAAAGUUCUACUAGAAGAGGCUGCUAUGAGAGGGCCGCCAUCGGUCAAGUCCUGCUGGUAGUCAAUGCAAGUUGCUGUAGAAUGUACGUGAGCGAGAGCGAGAGGGAGAGAGAUUAUCCAUCCAACCAUCCAGCAAAAAACAAAACCAGCAAAAUCAACCAACCAGCCGUACACUAGCGUCAGUAUGAUGUAAAAUUUAGGCUAAACAAUUAAAGAAUUAUAAUUAGUGUGGAGAAGCAAACCUGAUAAUGCGCGAGUAGCUGCAUUUGUAUUGAAUACGGACCCGAAACAGAAACGCAAAUCGAUUCAGUAGAGUCAGUCAACUAUAUUAGUGUUAGAGAGCCAGAUUAGCGUGGUACAAUUUGUCAGAUGAAGAACGUUAGAAAAGGGCUAUGAUUUCCGAUAGAAUUUUGAUCGAGAGGGGCGAACUGGAAUGCAUGCAUUACUUAAAUCCGUGACAAACCGACUCCCGUUUGAGUGGAGUUUGAUUUAUGGAGAUCUUAAAGCUACUAAUUUUCCCUUUAGAAUUCGUGUCUAUUUCUGUUACGUGAUAUGUAUCAGUAGAAGUAAAUGUUUUAAGUUCAGUUUCGAGUCAAACGUGGGACGAAAUAAUUUCUUGCAUUUGCUGGGCUCGCAUAACUGCCUCCACUGAUUUUAGUUUUUGCCUCAUUCACACUCCACUCCGCAUUCUGGAGUUUCAAACGGGAAUAUAUGUUUUUUUUUUCUUUUCAAGAACUGCUGAAAACUAUCGUCGUUGUAAAUGUGUAUUAUGUUUGUGCAACUGUUUCAACCGUGCGAGAAUUAUUUAAAGUAAAAUAAACAAAGUUUAUUACAAAACUGA